UAGUGCUAAACUAAACAAAGUCUCUAGUCUCUACGCAUUUCUGAGGCAUCGAAAAAGCAAGAAGGCCCCCCGAGAAACGAGGACUCAAUUAAUGUUGCCAGAAGAGAUGGAAGGUAGCGAAAGGCAAAGCCGCUCCACCACCAACAACAGAGCGUCGCAUAAAGUAUUAGUCGCCGUUAAAGCCGAGAAGGUGAUUUCAAAGGCUGCAUUAGCAUGGGCUCUAACGCACGUCGUUCAUCCUGGCGAUUGCAUAACUUUGCUCGCCAUAAUUCCCAAGGAGAAAACUAGUAGAAGGUUCUGGAACUUUACGCUAUUUAGAGGAGACUGUGGGAGCAGCCAACGAGAGAAGUUGCCGGAAAAGAUUUAUCAGAUCUCGGAGUCUUGUUCUCAGAUGGCUCUUCAGUUUCGCAACCAAAUUGAGGUUAAAGUGAGGAUUAAGGUGGUGUCAAGUUCACCCGGUGGUGCUGUGGCUGCUGAAGCAAAGAGCAAUGGUGUCAACUGGGUCGUACUUGAUAAGAAAUUGAAACAAGAGCGGAAGCGUUGCAUGGAGGAAUUGCAGUGCAACAUUGUAGUAAUGAAGGGUGGUCAACCAAAAGUCCUUAGGCUUAAUUUAGGAUGCUCAAAUGAGCUCCAAACACCCUUCUUUUCUGCCACUUCUACACCAGGAAUAGAUGGUGAAAAGUUGCAAGGCCAUCAAAUGAAGCAGUCUAUGGUUUCUACCCCACAGAGCAGCCCUGAAGAAUCAAGUACUUCCCACACAAGAAAUACAUGGGAAAGUUCACGAUGGAGUUAUGACACAGCGAGUUCUCUUCACCUUGUCUAUGGACAAAAUCCUCUCUUUGAAGGACAACACAAUGGAAUUCACAAGCCGAUUGCUAAGCGAAGAGACCUGAAUGUCCCACUGUCAACCCCUGAAUUGAACGGGCAAAGGUUUACCUCUCUGUCUAAACCCCCAACACCAUCUUUAGCUAGAAAUCAAAAGAGAGUUCUUUGGAUUCCCCAAAACCACCUUGUUGAUGAAAAGUCCCCUACAACUCAAAACUAUGGAAAAACUAAAGAAAUUAGAUCUCCAACUUCCAAAAGUCUACUUGAUAAGUUUGUUGACUCUGAUCAAGAUAAGGGGAGUAAUAGAGCCAGCAUCGAUCAAAUGAGUCAGGGAGACCAUACUACAAACUCAAGCAUCAGGGAUGCCGUUUCAAUUGGUAGAAAUUGCUCAAUACCUCCUCCUUUAUGCUCACAAUGUCAACACAAAGCACCUGUUUUUGGAAAACCUCCAAGACAUUUCUCUUACAAAGAGCUAGAGGAAGCUACAGACGGGUUCUCAGAUAUAAAUUUCUUAGCAGAAGGUGGUUUCAGUACAGUUCACCGGGGCAUGCUGAGAGAUGGCCAGGCCGUUGUAAUUAAGCGAUUAAAGUUUGGUGGCUCUCAAUCACAUUCUGAUUUCUGCAGGGAAGUGCGGAUAUUGAGCUGUGCGCAACACAGAAAUGUUGUGUUGUUGAUUGGGUUUUGCAUUGAGGAAAGGGAGAGAGUGUUGGUCUAUGAGUACAUAUGCAAUGGAUCCUUGGACUUCCAUUUGAAUGGAAACAACACAACCCUUUUAGAUUGGCAGUCAAGGUUAAAGAUAGCAAUAGGGACGGCACGGGGCUUACGAUAUAUUCACGAGGACUGCAGAGUGGGUUCUAUAGCGCACAGAGAUCUGCGACCCAACAAUAUCCUCCUAACCCACGAAUUUGAGCCUCUGAUUGCUGGUUUUGGGCUUGCUAGGUGGCACUCUGAAUGGGAUAUCAGCACUGAGGAUCAAGUUAUUGGAACUUCGGGGUACCUGGCACCAGAAUACUUGGAAGGUGGACAAAUUACAAAUAAAGUUGAUGUGUAUGCAUUUGGCGUUAUUUUAUUAGAGCUAAUGACAGGUAAAAGAAUGGAUGAGCUGCAAUAUAUCGAGAGACAGCAGUUCCUGUCUGAAUGGUUCCACCCACUAGCCGCAUUAGAACCAGGACAUGUUAUAGCAAAUAACUAUCAUUUACUGGAUCCAUGCUUGACCUGUGAACCAUCCUUUGACUUCCCUCAUCAACUAGAGGCAAUGUGUCGAGCUGCUUCCUUGUGCCUACGUCGAGAUCCUGAAUCCAGACCCCCAAUGUCAAAGGUUCUCAGAGUGCUAGAAGGAGGAGAUUUAGUUCCUCUGGGUUUAGACUUGAACACAGUCGGGUGUAGAAGUGGCCAUUUGGGUGGUAUCAGCUCAUUUAGACAACCUGAACUGAAGAGAAAGCAUUCACGUAGGCUCUCACAUUGAACAAUUGGUUGGCUUUUGGAUGAGAGGACUUCUAAUUACAUGUAUAGUUGAAAUGGAUUGUUUUUUAACUGGUGAGUAGGCAGCAUAUGGCAAUUAUCCACUUAAAUAUAUAGAUUACAUUUUGUUACGGCUGUCAUAUCAUUUUUGUAUCAUCUUCACUGUUUUAUAGGAAUUAUAAUUUAAGUCCUCAUAUAUGUCAGAUAUUUUUCUCAA